AUGCAUAACAAGUUCAAAUACCUCUGUGACGAAAUAAGUGGAAUCAAAGAUAAAACUGACGAUCAGCCGGCUAAAGUCGACAGAAAUAAAUCAGACGAAUACAUAAACUAUUUGCUCAAGGCCAACAAGGAACUUAAAGAAGAGAAUAAAAUGCUAGAGGAAAGGGCAACUAACAUAUCGCACAUAAUGACUGACUUAAAUACAAAACUAAAGGACCUUGAGAACGAAAAGGCAAGUUUGCUAACCGUUAUAAAGAUAUUACAGCCGGAACAAGUUCAUGAAACCAGUCAUGGAGAUUGGAAGUCCGCGAGAAAAAAUGUGAUGAAACGUAGCAGCAAUGAAGGAAGAGCUAAAGUACAAGAAGAACAAUUGUUGGCA